UUCUUCAUGUUAGAGCUCCAUCCUCCCAAAUCUCAGUGAUGUGGUUUCUUAGGACUGAGGAACCUUUGAGCCUGGAGGAUCCAAUGUCUUCAAGAAGGAACCCUCUGAGCUCUGCAGCAUUUCUGAUCAUCCUGAUCAAAGUCUUCAUCACUCUCAGCCUCACAUGUCAUCCAGCAGAGUAUCUGAUAGGCAGUGAGUGCUGUCCCAGGUGUCCUGCAGGGAGUCGAGUGGAAACUCACUGUAACGAGUACAGGAGUACUUCCUGUCUGCCCUGCAUGGAUGGAACCUACACUGAUAAAGCCAGUGGACUGGAACAGUGCACUCCCUGUACGAGCUGUGCAGCAGGUUCUGGUCUGAAGGUAAAGAGGUCAUGUACAGGAACAUCAGACACAGUCUGUGAACCCCUGCAGGGAUUCUACUGUAUCUACUCUGUAGGAGACGACUGUGAGACAGCACAGAGACACAGCAGCUGUGGACCAGGACAGUACAUCAGCAAACAUGGAACAGCCUCCACAGACACCGAGUGCUCCGACUGCAGCGCUGGAACCUUUUCAGAUGGAACAUCUCCAUCCUGUCAGCCACACACACAGUAA